UAAAGGAGGCGGUGGGAUUUUUCACCUCCCAGCUGCUUUACGCCGUCUCUUGUGUCCGCAUUAUCAGCCCUAUUCGUCCUUUGCAGUCGUCCGCAGGUUGGAAAGGUACUUUAAAGUUCGGCAGGCAUGGCUGGCAGAUUGCUCCUAGGAUCGACCCUGAGGUACCUUUCAGGGUCGAGAGGUCUUACUUCCAUCCCUAAAAGAUUGGCUUCUGCUGAUGCCAAAAUGAAAGAUCUCUUGGUUAACACACCUCCAACAAAAGUGACAACAUUAGAUAAUGGAAUGAGGGUUGCCUCUGAAGACACCGGUGAUUUGACUGCGACCGUAGGUCUUUGGAUUGAUGCUGGAUCCAGAUGUGAAACGGAUGAGAACAACGGUGUCGCUCAUUUUCUCGAGCACAUGGCUUUCAAGGGCACUGCAAAAAGGUCGCAGGUUGAACUCGAACUCGAAGUCGAGAACAUGGGAGCCCACCUCAAUGCUUAUACUUCGAGGGAGCAGACCGUUUUCUACGCCAAAUGCCUGAAACAGGACGUCCCAAAAGCCUUGGAGAUAUUGGCCGAUAUCCUUCAAAAUCCAAAGCUACAAGAAAGCGACAUCGAACGAGAACGAGGCGUCAUUCUACGGGAAAUGCAAGAAGUCGAGACCAAUCUUCAGGAAGUCGUCUUCGACCACCUUCACGCUACUGCAUUCCAAGGAACCCCUUUGGCCAGAACAAUUCUCGGGCCAACCAAAAAUAUCAAGAGUAUUAACAAGAAUGAUUUGACCAAAUAUAUCAACACUUAUUACAAGCCGUACCGAAUGGUUCUUGCUGGCGCAGGAGGUGUCGACCACGAAGAACUUGUUAAAGCUGCCAAAUCACUUUUUGGCAGUUCUGCCUCUUCACCUGCUCAUGAUGAUAUGACAGGAGUUGGAUCCCAAGGGCCAGUCAGGUUUACUGGAUCUGAAAUCAAAGUCAGGGAUGACGCUAUGCCACUUGCUCAUGUUGCCAUUGCAGUCGAAGGGUGCGGUUGGGCAGAUGCGGAUAACAUUCCUCUUAUGGUCGCCAACACACUCGUCGGAGCCUGGGACAGAACCCAAGGCGGUGGUACUUUCAACUCUUCCAAACUGGCCCAAUCAAUUUCCGCAACUAAUCUGGCGCACUCAUUCCAAUCGUUCAACACUUGCUACAAAGACACCGGACUUUGGGGCAUCUAUUUUGUCGGCGACACCUUGUCACUUGAUGAUAUAAUCUAUAAUGUGCAACGUGAAUGGAUGAGAAUGUGCACAAGUUUGACUCAAGCCGAAGUAGACAGGGCAAAGAACGUGCUCAAAUCAAACAUGCUACUCAUGCUUGACGGUACGACACCCGUCUGUGAGGAUAUUGGCAGGCAGAUGCUUUCCUACGGACGGAGAGUCCCACUAUAUGAACUCGAACAGCGUAUCGAUUGCCUCACUGCUCAGCAAGUUCAGGACGUCCUGAUGGAAUAUGUCUACGACAAAUGCCCAGCAGUGGCUGCUGUCGGUCCAGUCGAAGGUCUCACGGACUAUAACAGAGUCCGAUCUGGAAUGUACUGGCUUAGGCUGUAAUUUGUACAAUUGUGUAAAAUAAAUUAUAAAUAAAUAUAGAAAGUGUUUUGUUAUGCAGAAAAAAAAUAAAUACAAAGCACUAAUACCAACCGUGCUUUUUCUGUUAAACUGCUGGUUUUAAUUUCAAAUAUACUUUUGUUUUUAUUACAUCUUUUUAGCCCUGUUUAAUAUAAUUUGAGAAAACGCAUCGGUGAUAAUAUUUUCUGUUGUUAAGGCAAAGGAAAAACCUG